GUCAGUUGAUACACACGCAUGCGAAACAACCUACGUGGUCUUGCCCGCCUAUACAAGCUUUCGAGAUUUAUUAAGUCAACGACACAGCGGAUAUUCAGUCGUUGCUAAGGGGGACAUUCCAUAUGAGUUUAAAAUCACGACGGGUAAAUAGUUCGAAUGACGUUUCGGAAAACGGGGAAACAACAAAAACGCCAUCGGGCUGCCAUUCUACCAAAACAAUCGCACCUACACUCGCGGAACAAAAGCAUCGAUAUUCCAGCGUCGUAGUAAUAGUUUUUGUCGUAAAACAGAAUUUACCAACCCACCGACCAUGACGACCGCCGCACGUCCAACGUUCGAUCCCGCCCGCGGUGGUAGCGGCCGUGGCGAGAAGGAUCUGAGUGCCCUUUCCAAACAGUACAGCAGUCGCGAUCUGCCAGGACACACAAAGCUAAAGUACCGUGACCAGGGCCAGAGCACCAGCGAAGAGCUCCGCAACCGUGACUUCCGCGAGGAGCUGGAGAAGCGCGAGCGGGACAGCAAGCAGGGAAGCAAGGGAUCGGCCGUCCCGACGGCUCGCCGUGCCCUGGAGCAGGGUCCGGGCAGUGCGGGCAGCGGAAGCACCAAGCGACAGAAACUGGAGGCACCACAAAACCUUGACGCGGACGAUCCGGUGGACAGCGAGAACUCGGACACGGACUCGGACGAGGACGAUACGGCUGCCCUGUUGGCGGAGCUGAACAAGAUCAAGCAGGAGCGGGCGGCCGAGACGGCUAAAAAGGAACGCACCAAGCAGCAGGAGGACGAGCGCAUCCGAAUGGAGAACAUACUGUCGGGAAAUCCGCUGCUGAGCUACUCGGCCACUGCCAAGGCGGAGAUGAAGGUAAAGCGCCGCUGGGAUGACGAUGUGGUGUUUAAAAAUUGCGCCCGUUCCGAACCGGAGAAGAAGGCAAACCAAUUCGUCAACGACUCGCUCCGGUCAGAUUUUCACAAAAAGUUUAUGGAUAAAUAUAUUAAGUAAGUGGAUGAUAUAAUAAAUAGUAUAACGUUUUCCCCUCUUUUA